AUGUCGGUCCGGUCAAAAGCCUGCAAUCAAGUGACUGUGAGGUUCAAGGGAGGCAGUUUGGAGUCGCCUCCAACAAAAAAGCUCCAUAUGUCUACUCCGGGAGAGCGCAACGCUUUUCCAAAACUCAUGGGACUAGAAACUUGCAACUUGCCCGUUUUGAAUUUUUAUGCAAAACACAGUAAUAGAAAAGAUUCUCCUGAUUCUGGAGGAAAGCCUGGUACGGUAGCGUUAGGAAAGGCGGAAUUGCAGGAGUCGUGUAGGCUACCGAAACGGAAAAGGACUAGGAUGACGACCUUUACUUAUAACGCCCGAACGCAUGCAUCGGACGCGGCCAUACGCUGGGCAUGGGAGUCACCCGAUGGAGGGUGUCGUAAUGAAAUUAACUACAUCAUCGUCAGUAAAAGGUUUUGCCUGACGGAUGUCGCUGGUGUACCAAAGUUUUAUACGGGAUCGGACCAUCGCCUUCAUCGAGGAAGAUUUUCUUUCACACGGAGAGGAGAAAAAGCCGCAAAGUUCACUGAACAAACUCCUAGAACUAUCCUCGACUGGGAGCUCUUCGCUUCGCUUGUCGGCUUUUGGGAAGGUACCGUCAUGGACAACAUCGACGACGAAUAUGAACGGCUUGUAGAACAUCUUAACAUCAUCUGUACGAGAAAGGCGAAGAGUUUCAAAUCCACCAAGAGACGCCUGUCUCCGAAAACUCUAGAGCUGAUACGUCUGCGUGGAGCUGCAGGCAACCGAGAACUCAUGUCCGACCUCGCAAUUCUUUGCAGAGAGGCGAUAAAGGAAGACCUCAGAAAGAGAAGAGCAGAAGUGUUGGCUGAAGCUGCAGAGGCGGGACAGAGCAUUCAUUAUGCCCGUCGGAACUUCGCCAAUCGUAAAACAACAACAAUGCUCUCCGGACCCCAGAUAGAACAACUACAGCAUCGAGAAGGAGCAUGA